AUGUGCGGCAUCUUCUUCUCGGUCGCAAGACACCGGGCGAUCCUACCCGAUUCCCUUACUGCGAGGGAGCUCGAAGCACGUGGACCUGACAGCUACAAAGAGUUGAAUGUCAAACUUGCUUUUCCAUCAUCCGACGAUCUGUACCUGACUUUUGUCUCAACCGUCCUAGCCCUACGGGGAUAUUCAGUCCAGAUCCAACCAUUACAAGAUCAUAUCUCAGGAUCCAUCCUCUGCUGGAAUGGUGAGGCAUGGAAAGUGGACGGAGUCAAAGUCGAAGGAAACGACUCGAUCCAAAUAUUUGAUCUUCUCUUGCGUGCCUCUCAGUCGACCAAGAAUGGUGACUACCAGCGACGUAUUGCUCAAGUGCUGACAAACAUAGCGGGGCCUUUUGCAUUUGUCUACUAUGAUGCUACCCAUUCUACCGUAUACUAUGGGAGAGAUCGGCUUGGGCGCCGCUCUUUGCUCACUAGUCGCGGCGAUGAAGAUUCGCUGACGUUGUGUAGUAUCGGCAUUACACUUGUUGGCGCAUUGGAUCAAGAGGUGUCUACUGAUGCCAUCCAUUUCAUCUCUGUGGAACACAAUCAAAUCAUACGUGGCGAACUUCCGUGGGCGAAUGCGCUUCCCGCGAUCAAUAAAUUUGGCCACUUGGAUGUUGUUGAAUCGAUGCCGACUUUGAAAACUGUGGAUCGCUUCCUGGAGCUGUUGAACACUGCUCUUGAGCUACGACUCCUGGACAUUCCAAAUCACCACCACUGCCAGGCUACGCCAGUUUCCUCAAAAGUCGCCAUACUCUUCUCGGGCGGCUUGGACUGUACGCUGCUCGCUCGCCUUGCACAUGAUCUUCUGCCCAAAUCAGAAAGUAUAGAUCUGUUGAAUGUGGCAUUUGAGAAUCCACGGUCCAUAGCUGCGAAGAAAAAUACCACAGUUUUGCCCUAUGAACUCUGUCCUGACAGAGUCACUGGUCGUUCUAGCUUUGCAGAACUUUGCGAAGUGUGCCCGGACCGAGACUGGAGAUUUGUGGCAGUUGAUGUUCCUUACAAACAGUCACAGGCUUGCAAAGCCAGUAUACAACGACUGAUGUACCCUCACAAGACGGAGAUGGAUUUGUCCAUCACCAUGGCACUCUUCUUUGCCGCUGAGGGCACAGGGAGUCUAUCCCAAAACGCAAAAAUACAGCAUCCAUCCAAGGAACUCUACACCUCUCACGCUCGAGCCCUUCUUUCGGGCCUGGGAGCAGACGAGUUAUAUGCAGGGUAUUCGCGACAUGCUGCAGCUUUUGCUCGGGGUGGAUUUAUCGACUUGGCGGACGAACUCGAGCUAGAUCUCAAUCGGAUUGGGUCUCGUAACUUGGGCCGGGACGACCGUGUUCUAAGUCACUGGGGCAAAGAGGUGCGUUACCCUUAUCUAGAUGAAGAUUUCGUGAGAUUCUCUCUAGGUCUUCCGGUGUGGGAAAAAUGCGGGUUCAGGUCGGCAAAAGAAAUCCCCAAGCAUUAUGAGGAAGCCCGCCGAGUACACAAACCCGAAGAUCUUGAGCCGUCGAAGAUGUUGUUGAGAUUAGCUGCGUGGAAGCUAGGUAUGCGGAGAGUUGCUGCAGAAAGGAAGAGGGCUAUUCAAUUCGGCGCCAGGACUGCAAAGAUGGAUAUUGGCAAAGGAAGGACAAAGGGGACAGACGUCUUAAUCGACGAAGGUUGA